ACCUAGCCUUAGGGUGCCUAUUGGUUCGAGAUUUGUGAGACAGUCUGCGAUUGACGAGAUGAGUGCAGAGACGACAGAGACUGAAACAACCACUUCAGAGAAGACGAGCCCGAAGGCGACCACCUCGGAGACGACCGCCAUUGACAAGAAGAUCGGCAAUGAAUUUGAGGAAUUUAUGUGGAUGGAAAACGAAGACAAAGUGAACUUGGAGUUCGAACAGCAGAUAUUAGAAGAAGAAAUUCAGGAGCUGGAGCUGGAAGAGAUGCUGGAGGAGGAAGAGGACUGUAUUGAAGGACGCCACCUCACCAACGCCGCUCUGAUGAGUAGCUCUCCAGUGGUGAAUGGAGUGACCGACAAACAGGAUCAGCCUGCAGAGUCAGAAAAAGAUGGGCUAUAAUUGCAUUAGUUGUAUUUGUCACUAGCUGGGAAGUCAUAUCACAACUGUCUUAGUCACAGCUAAACCACAUUGUGAGGCAGUUUUAGUGUCAUUUCAUUUACUAAUUUUUUAGAAGAUAACGAACGUACCGAAAUUGGAACUGGCUGACUGUGUAUAGCAUUUGUCUUAUCAAUAAUCUGAAAAUACUGA